AUGGCUGCUGUUCAAACAGAGGUUUCCCUGUGCCCACAACCUUGGCAGAGGCCCUUGUACAUCUAUGGGGGGUUGGCAUGCAACUCACUGAUGGCUGACUUCUGGUCAGACAGAACUCCUCUCCAUGACGCCGCCUACCAAGGGAGGCUGCUACAGCUGAGAAGCCUCAUCGUUCAGGGCUUCCAUGUAGACACGCUCACCAUGGACAGAGUCUCUCCUCUCCACGAAGCUUGCCUCGGUGGCCAUUAUGCUUGUGCCAAGUUCCUGCUAGACAAUGGUGCAAAUGUGGAGACAGUAUCGACAGAUGGCGCCACACCUCUGUUCAACUCUUGCAGCAGCGGCAGUGCUGCUUGUGUCAGGCUCAUGUUGCAGCACCGUGCCUCCAUCCACACCCCCUACCAGCUGCCAUCACCCAUCCAUGAGGCUGCUAAGAAAGGUCACAGAGAGUGUCUGGAGGUGCUGCUGUCGUAUGGAGCUCACAUCGACAUGGAGUUGCCUGUGGUUGGGACGCCGCUGUAUUCUGCCUGUAUGGCCCGAGCUGCAGAUUGUGUCGAGGUGCUGCUACACUCAGCAGCAGAUGUUCGAAUCGGGUGUGGGCAGGACAGUCCUUUACAUGCUGCAGUUCGAGGAGGAGGAGCCAACGUUGUGGAUCUUCUUCUGGACUUUGGGGCUGAUGAGUGUUGUAGGAACGCAGAGGGAAAGACUCCUCUGGUUCUGUCAUCGCCAAACAGCGCAGUGAGAGUUGCACUGCAGAAAAAAGGUCCGUGCUCUCUGUCUCAGCUCUGUCGGCUCUGUAUUCGCCGAAGUCUGGGAAAGAGUCGUCUCCACAGAGCCUCUGGCCUCUUCCUCCCUCACAGCAUGAAGGACUUUCUCCUCUACCAGUGAGCUAUCUCUGCCCU